GAAGAAAAAGAAGAAAGGCUCUCCUUGCAUCAUCAAGUGACAACGAACGCUUCUAUCUGGUAAAAGUUUUCACUCGUUCAAGCUUUCACCAUUUAUUUCCGUCAACUUUAAAAGAAGAAAGUUUCUAAGCACGAAAUACGGAAAGUCAAGAUUUUCGUAAAGAAAUCAAUAAUAAAAAGGGUGGUUCGAUGUUAGCAGAGAUCGCAAAGGAAUUCAUGCAACGAUCGACUACUACCAGCCAGGUACUAAAUCUGAAUUUAUCUAAUCUACUGCUACUUCUCGUAUUAAAAGCUGUAGUUUUUGGUGCUGGAUAUAUAGGAAAUCAUGGUUAUAAAGGACGCGAUUUGAACGAAGAAAAUAUAAUAUCCGAAGGAGAAGUCGCUUUGGCACUGGGAUAUUUGAUCGGUGAUACGUGUCUGUAUAGAGCAGCUUGCGAAGAACCACAUAUUGCUAAAGAAUAUUUAGGUGCUGCUGAAAUGCUUUUACAUACGAUGAAAUUAAUGCCACAGACCGUAUCCGUCGAACAUAAAUACGAAAAGACUAUAAGCGAACUUCGAAAAGCUAUCGAGUACGGAUUUACAAGCAGAUGUCCACCAGAAUAUAAUUGUAAAAAGGAAAAUAUCAAAGCAUUCUUAACGACGGAGAAGAAGAAAUAAAACGUAAGAUUUAUAUUCGAAGCUUUCAGCUUUUUAUUCUAACGUAGAAAAUAUUUUGAAUGUUUAUUGAAGGCACGCAAAAAAAAAGAAAAAAAAAAAAAAGAAAAGAAACGUUUGCUUUUUUCCUGUCUAUGUUAUGAUUGAUAUAAUUAUUUGCGAACGUUCUAUUCACACGAAUUAAAAUGUAACAUAUAGAUUACGAAUUUAGAGGUGGGUUAUAUUGCGUAUUAGUUGCGUAUUUCCUAACCUAUGUACAUUUCGAUGAUGCGAAGGAUGAUAUAAUGCUCAUCGACAAAUUCUCUUUCUAUAUUCAUGUAAUUUACUUUUUUCUUUUCUUUUUUUUUUUACAUAUAUAAGAAAACUAAAAAAAAAGCUAUGAAAAUUGCGUCAUAGUACCGAGUACCAUAGCUCUACACACAUUCCCAUUAUUAUAUUAUCCAUACAAAAUAUACAUACGCAUCUAACGCGUAAAAAAAAAAAAAAAAAAAAAAAAAAAAAAAAAAAAAAAAAAAACGUGAAAUCUACUAAAGUUGCGAUAAGUAUGGAAAAAAAGAAAAAAAGUGAAAUGAAAUUUUCUAGAAUAUAAAUAUAAAUAUAAAUUUCUGAGAGA